CACUACACUUUCUCUAGCUAGAAAUUAAGAAGGAAACUACACGAAGAUGCUACAGCUUACAAGCUUCAUACUAGGGCUUCUUUUGGUUAUGCAUGCACUAGGGCACUUUACUACUGCUGCACAUGCUCAUCAAGGUAAAGAAGAGCUUUCUAUGACUGGGAAACCUGUAAUACUCUCUGGUCAUAAGGAACCAAAUACGGAUGGGGUUUCAAUAGCUGGGUCAAGGAUGAUAGGGCUUGGAGGAAGAAAAAUGGCGGAACACAAAGUGUUGAGGAAAUUAGAGCCUGCAAGACUAGCUAGCCAGCUGAAUGGAGAGACUACUUCAUCAAAGAAUUCAGGAAACAGUAAAGCUUCAAGUAACUCCCAUGGAAAACCUCAAAACAUACUGAACCAACAGGCCGAUAUCAAGAUAUUGGAGCCAACAACACUGAAGGCUGCUGCCAAUAGUUUUGGAAUUCCCAGAGUUCUUAAGCCAAAGCACUCUCAAGAUUCCAAGACAAAGCAGCCAAUUAUCAGAGCUCAUCAAAAGACUAUUAAUUAUGAUGAUACUGAUGAUCAUCAUAAGUUGACAGAUGAAGCAAGAAGGCUUCUUAAGGCAACAAGAGAGAUAGUAAACUUGAUGCAUAAAGAUUAUCAUGGAAUGGGUCGCCGCAAGCCGCCCAUAAACAAUCAUGAGCCACAGCAUUGAGAUUGAGUCUGUCUAAAACUGGUUUAGCUAUAUAUCUAGGCUCACAAUUUUGCCCCCUUCCCCCCACUAGGAAUAUUUAGUGAUCAGUCCCUUAUA